AUGGAAAACAAUAAAGCACUUAGAAUACUAUCUAGAGUUGAAAUAACGGAUCUUAUUGCAGGUGGGAAAGUUAUAGUCAUAUAUAAAGAUAAUGUAUUGAAUUUAACUUCAUGGAUAUCUAGACAUCCUGGUGGUGAUAAAGCUGUAUAUCAUAUGAUAGGGAGAGACGCAACUGAUGAAAUGAACGCAUAUCAUGGUGAAGAAACAAUAAAAAUUUUCACAAACUGGAGAAUAGGAAAAAUUAACAAUAAAUGGGAAAAUUUACUACCUCCAAUACAAGGUGCAGUUUAUUCAAAAACAAGUAAAUAUAGUAAAGUAAAAUCCGGAGAUUUGGAGAAAAAAAUAGAUGUAAACUCAUCAGAAAGUGGAUCAGAUUUGGAACUAGAUUCUGUCACAAGCGCAGCUUCAGAAGAAGGCAUACAAGUAGAAAUCAAAUUGAGAAAACAGGAAGAAGAUCAACAACCGAUACUUAACAAUGAAGAUCCACAAAAACGUGUUAAACCAGUUGUUCCUCAAAAUGUUCUUGUGAAUGAUUCAAAUAAAAAUGACAUAUUUCCAGUCAAUACACAAUCAAUAAUAGUUAACCCUAAACACUUGAUGGAUAAUUAUGAUAACAAAUUAUCACAAAAGGAUAUUGUAUCAAUACCUUCAUUAGAUUAUGAAACUCAACAAGUUUUAAGAGAUGAAUAUAAUAUACUACACAAAGAGAUAAUUGAUGCUGGAUUAUAUCAAUGUAAUUAUUGGGCUUAUUUUAGAGAACUUGUUAAAAUUGGAUCAUUAUUUUUAUGUUCCUUAUCUUUUCUCAAAAUAAAUUGGUUAUUUUUAAGUGCUAUUUGUAUGGGUAUGGCAUGGCAUCAAGGUACUUUUAUAGCUCAUGAUGCUGGUCAUGUAUCAUUAAGUCAUAAUUAUCAAAUCGAUAAUUUAUUUGGUAUGAUUAUUGCUGAUUGGUUUGGUGGAUUAAGUUUAGGAUGGUGGAAACGUAAUCAUAAUGUUCAUCAUUUAGUUACAAAUGAUCCUGUACAUGAUCCUGAUAUUCAACAUUUACCAUUUUUUGCAGUUAGUGUUCGAUUAUUUGAAAAUGUUUAUUCAACUUAUUAUGAUAAAGUAUUAUGGUUUGAUUCAUUUGCCCAAAAAUUAAUACCUUUUCAACAUUAUCUUUAUUAUCCAAUUUUAUGUUUUGGUAGGUUUAAUUUAUAUAGAUUAUCUUGGGGUCAUAUAAUUUUAGGUGAAGGUCCAAGAAAAGGUUCAGCUGCUUGGUUUAGAUAUUUUGAAUUUGCAGGUUUAAGUUUUUUCUUUUAUUGGUUUUUUUAUUUAUUAGUUUUCAAAAGUAUUGAAGGUGGUUGGAAUAGAUUUAUGUAUGUUAUGGUUAGUCAUAUGGCAACAAUGUUAGUUCAUGUUCAAAUUACUUUAUCGCAUUUUGCAAUGUCAACUUCAGAUUUAGGAGUUAGUGAAUCAUUUCCUUCGAGACAAAUUAGAACAACAAUGGAUGUUGAUUGUCCAGAAUGGUUUGAUUUUUUCCAUGGUGGUUUACAGUUUCAAGCUAUACAUCAUUUAUUUCCACGUUUACCUCGUCAUAAUUUAAGAACUGCUCAACCUUAUGUUAUAAAAUUUUGUGAAAAAGUUGGAUUAUCUUAUUCGAUUUAUGGAUUUGGUGAAGGUAAUGAUAUAGUUAUUGGGAAACUAGCAGAAAUUGGUAAACAAUGUUCAAUAUUAAUUGAUGCUACUAAAAAGUAUGAUGGAGAUAUUUAUUAG